AUGGAUGAUCAUGGAGAUAUCAAGUCGACCGUCGCCAGUGCCAUUCCGGCUCAGUAUCGAAUGCGUCCUUGGCUGAAAGACUGGCCACUGUUUUGUGCCCUGUGGGUGGCGGGCUAUGAGUUCUUCAAGGCUGGCUCCGACUGCAGUCAGGCAGUCGAUAUCAGAUCCCUGGUAGCCGGCAUGCAGGAGUCGAGUGAAACGACCCCAAAAGUGCCACGUCAAUGGAGGCUACGCCUCACUGCUUCUCUUCACGCGGGACGCGCCCGGCAACUUUGGGCGCUGAGGAUCCGGCGGCUUGGAGGAUUUUUGGUCUUGCGGGGCACCCAGCGCUGGAUCUCCGAGCUGGUCGUGGCGUCGCCCGCGUCGCCUGGGCUAUGCCCGUGGGCGGCCCGCGCGCAGCAGCGCCUGGUGCAUGGGCGGUGGGGCCAGGUGGAGGCCUCGGAGGCCGUGCGGCGGCUCCGACGUGUCGAGGGUGAGCGGCUCCGGAACACCUCAGCUGCAUGGCCGACGACCCUCGUGGUGUUCUCCCAUCCGGACUUCGCCGGUCCAGCGGGGCUGGUGACGUUUUCACAGCUCUGGCGAGACGUGGCGAAGUCGCAGCAGGAGGACCUGGAUUUGUUGGCGUUCCACCCUUGUCGCGAAGACCGGGGCCCCGGGUGUCGCGCCCAUCCGCGCGACGCGGGGCACUUCUCGGUGCGAGCACCUUGGCCCACUUUGCAGCUCCUGCGUGCGUCUGACCUGUAUGCCGCCCGUGCCGAGUGGCUACGGCGCGGUGAGCCCGGCCCGGGUGCGCUCUCGCUGCUGCUGCAGAACAAGGCGCGGCUGCGCGCGGAAGGUAGCUAUGGCGCCUUAGGCAUCGGGUCGUGGGCUGAUUGCCACACCCCCACGGAAGUGUGGUUUCCUGAGGAUGAUGCGGAAGCGCACAGGCGUCUCACCUUCGUCUACCAGGUGGCGGCCGGCACCAAGCAUUCGGUCGCCCUCACCGACAAGGGCCAGGUCUACACCUGGGGCCAUGGAGGGCAUGGCCGACUGGGCCUCGGUCAGGCCAAGGUCCGGGGUCAGAACUCCUACAGCGCGGAGUUCGUGCCAAGGCAAGUGUCGAACCUCCAUGGCGUCAAAGUGACCUACAUCGCCGCGGGGGAGGCGCACACGGCGGCGGUGGACCAACUGGGUGGCCUCUUCACCUGGGGCCAAGGCUCCUACGGCCGCUGCGGGCACGGCGUGGGCACCGACAUGCCGUCCCCCGCGCGGGUGGAGAGCUUGUCGGGACUCUCCAUGUCGCAAGUGGCCUUGGGCUUGAUGCACUCUGUCACCAAGUCGGUGAAGGGUCAGCUCUACAGUUGGGGCAAGGGUCCGGCCACUGGCUUUGACGUGGCGGACGUGAUCACCACCCCACGCCAGGUGAAGCUGGACUUGCGGGAUCCCGUCUAUCAGAUUGCUGCAGGUCCCCUGCACACCGUCGUCCUGAUGCAGAAUGGAAGCGUCAUCUACUUCGGCUCCGGAACCGAAGGGCGCCUCCCCUACAGGAACAACUUGGAUGGGAGUUUGGAAGAUGUGCCUGCGCCCACCUUGCUGAAGCCACCCGAGCUCAAAGUCAAGGGCUGGGCGCAAGAGAAGAACACCAAGACCUGGCAAAGGAACCGGGAGGCGAGCUGGUGGCCAUCCAGGCUGUGCUGUGGCAGUAGCAGCUCCGCUGUGCUCACAGGUGGGCGGAUGGUGAGUGCCAUCGCGGUGUGGUGCACGGCCACCGCGGUAGCUCGCGCCGCGCGCUGUGUUGCCGCUCGCGCCCGGCAUGCGAUCCGCCUCUGGGCCGCGCUCCUGCGUGUGCUGCUCCUGCAGCUUCAGUGCCGGAUCGCUUGGCUGGCCUUGGUGGCGCUGGUAAUCGAAGGGGAUACCUAUGUGGAUGUCUAUCACAAUGGGGCGUAUGUGGCCGCUGACAUUUCCACCUCCCUCAUUCCAUUGAACGGGGUGAGACGCGUGGUGGCCAGCGACACGCCGGCGAAGGUGAUGGUCUUCCCACUGGGCCUGGACAAGGGCGACGUGCUGGCGUUCAGGCUGAUCACCUCAAGGCCGGAGCUGGUCAAUGUCUCGAAUGCGUUGGGACAGAACACCGAGUAUCCGGCACCCCUCGGGAUGAUCAUGGCCUCGCGCAAUGGGAUGCUGUCCACGAGCGACCUCAAAUGCAGCACGCAGGAGAAGGAGAACAAUGAUGAGCGCACGCCGUUCUUCUUCCGAGAAUUCAACGACACCUUGUGGAAACCCGCCUACGAGCAGCCCAGCAACUGCUGCCCGUGGCGUGAUCCGCAGGAAGUCUGGUACCGGAUGAAUGCCAAGUGGAUUGGUGCGAACCCUGUGGACUUCGGGAACAUGUCAGGCCCCAGGCAGCUCAAUUGCCGCUACCACGUGCCGGGCGACACCGUGGUGGGCAACCUGCCGGCCGCCGAAACGGCCAACGCCGGCGACGUCAACGACACGGCGCCGCUGCUGAACGUCACGGCGCUGGAGAUCUCGACCUCGGUGACGAAGAUCCUUUUCAACGUGGAGCGCGAGGCCAACAUCUACUGUGGUGUCAUCGACGCACGCUACGAGCUCCGGGUUCCUACGCACUUGGAGCUGAAAUCAUGGGGAGAGAGUGCCAUGAAUGUGAAAGGUCAGCUUUGGGCGAUGGCGCUCAUUGGCUCCGAGUUCUCCGCCAGCGAGCUGAACGCCACGGUGCUCCAGCGGGUGCAGGUGAACACCUUGGAAGACUGCGAGGCGAGAUGCAUUGCUCGGGACCUUUGCGUGGCCAUGGAGUUCUAUGUGGUGGGGCAGGAUGUGAUCAGCGGCACCAACUGCAAGCUGCUUCAGGACGAGUACGACACCAACAACCGCUUCCCAGAGUCCCCAAUCGCGAGCUUCACACAGAAGUACAAGUAUUUGGCCAAGCCCGAGCACACCAUCACCAUCAGCGGGCUUUUGUUCCCCAACACCGUCUACAACACCUAUUGCUCCGCCGAAGAUCCGGUGACCUUGGUGCAUUCGAACUGGUCCGCCAUCGGUCGCACCUACCAGACCGCCAGGACGGGCGGCUGCUUCAACUGCGGCAACGAGAUUCCGCCCGAGAUCUUCGUUUGGGGUGGCUUCGUGGGUGCCAGGACCCUGGGCCUGGUGGCCUCGGCGAGUCAGCCAGGGCGGAUCUUCUGCAAUGCCUUCGAGGUGAAUGCCUCGCAGGCGCCCACCAUCUCCGGUGAGCUGAUCCGAGAGCCCAAUAUCUUCGCCAUUUUGACCUCCACGGGCGCCUCCAUCUCUUUGACCCUGGGCAACUUGCUCCCCGAGACCGAGUACCACGUGGCCUGCAUGGCUGAGUCGGACGGCGGCACUGAAAGCGUCCUGCAGCAGAUGGAGGCCACCCGGCGUAGCCUCACGACGGAAAAGGAGGACUCUACGAUCAGUUCCAUGCGCAUCGUCCGCGAUCGACUCAUGUUCUGGGAUGAGAUUACGGUCAGCACCCAGCUGAUCAGCAUCGGAUACCUUUGGUGUCAGGUGUUCCCCACGGAGAACAUCCGGGAAUUGGGCCUGCCCACCGCCGAGAGCUUGAAGGAAGGUGACAAUCUGAAGGUGGCCGAUUUGCAGGAGCUCUCUUCGGUGACCUUCUCGGAAUUGGAUCCCAAUACCUCUUAUGAUGUCUGGUGCACCUCGGAAUACAACGACUUCCGUGACGAUCAAGCAGGGCAAGACUUAUUGACGCCCUUUCCCAAAAGCACGGUCCUCAGCAUUGACAGCUCCUACUACACUGCAGACGUGCUGGUCUAUUUGACCAAGGGCCCUGCGGACGUCUAUUGCCAAGCCUACCCCUGGGCUUUGCGGCCCUUCACGGAGCGGCCUGCCAUCCCGACGGCCACGAUGCUGAAGACGUCUCCGUUUCGCACCACCUACUUCAACACGCCCUCAGGGAUGGUGAUGAUCUUUUUGGAGAACCUGGUCCCUGGCCGUUACUAUGACGUCUACUGCUUCUCCGAAACCCAUGUGCCUGCCGACGCCACUGGCGCGGACACCGUGGCUCAGUUCGGCAUGGACCCACCGUCCAUCCUGGAGACACGGACGCAGCUGCUGACGCAGGGGCCCUUCUUCGAUGAUCUGGGCUGGUCUUGCGUCUCCGGACGCAACGUGAGCGACUUGCUGGGCGUGGGCCUCUCGAAGCACGACGGCCUCUUCGUGCGCGCGGACGGCUGCCCCGAGCGGUGCCGCUGCAGCGGAGUGGCGGACCCCUUGAGCCACGCGGAUGAACGGACGGAUGAACUGAGCCGGAUGUUGGGGCCCUUGAGCAAAGGCGCGGAGUGCACGCCGAUCUCGCAGGACGUCACGGUGCAAGCGGGCGUGGGGCUCAGCGACGCCAAGGACCUCCGUUAUGUGGCACCGGGAGCGUGUCGAGACGAGGAGGUGUCACAGGCGACGCGCCGCGACGUGACCGACCAUCCACCGGUGUGUCCGGUGUUUGACGAGCGAACGCUGCCCAGAAGGCGGACCAGUGGCCUGUGGUGGGGCGUCGGAGGACUGACGCAUGAUCGACCUCGUGGGACACCGGAGUGGAAGGUUUGUAGCUACUUGCUGGAGGCCGGCUCAGGCACGGUGGUGUCAGGCUUUCCCAACGGCGGCCUGUCGCAGACCUUCGAUGGCCGCAGCUUCAGCUGGGGCGACGGACCCGUCGUGGCCGUGGGCCGGACCUACGACCUCUGUUGGUGCAACGGCACCGCCUCCUCCUGCACCUUGGAAGCGGACUUCUCAGUCCGUUUGGGUCCCUUGCACUUCGGGGGUCCUUCGACAGAGCAGGCGCGGCCGAAGUCGGUGCGGCCACCACCGGUGGUGCGUGGUGCAUUUCUCUUUAAGGCGGUGCUCCCACCGAUUUUGGGCAUCUUCCCCGCAUUUGCCGGGGAAACGCUGUUGGAAUUUGGUGUGAUGUUGCACUCAUUCAAGCCUGCUAGCGCAGAAAGUGGAGGUUUGCAGGGCUGGUAUGCCUUGUGUGAUUUCGGGAAUGGCUCCCGACUGGUGGUGCUCCCCUUGGAUCCGCGCGGGUGUCUCUGGCAACGCGUCAGCCAAGCCGACUCGCCGGGGCUCACGGACUUCCCCAACCUGGGCGUCUCCGAGACCUUCGACGAGAUCACCCGGAGCUAUCACUUCUUCGGCGUGCCGCUCAUCGCGCGCGGCGGGCGCUACAACAUUUGCUGGUGCGGCCCACCUCCGGUAGGCAUCACGAAGGUGCCUGGGAAGGACUACCGUCAACCUGAUGGGCUGGAAAAGGGAACAGGGCCAGUGAAUCGUUUUACUCUUGCGCUGCCAGAAGCUCGGAUCAUCUGUCCCUCUCCGAUGGGGGCCACUUCCUCUCCCCCCGCGGGUGUCCUUCAGCUGCUGGGCCCCUCAGGGCAGCCGGAGACCAUUUGUCUCCUCAAAUUCUGGUUGCGCCUUCGCAGCGAGGUGAACCUGGAUUCUAGGGAUGAUGCAGGCGUGGUGCCCCAAGUGAUCGGCGAGGGUUUGCAGGGCAGCGAUCGCGUGGCGGCCCUGCAGCAGUGUGGGCAACCAGCGAAUCCACCCCUUGGUUGGCAGCAAGGUGCAGAGGCGUUGGGUACAGAUCGCUGGACUUCUGCUGGGUGGCUAUCACGGGGUCCUUCUUUGUCACACGAGAUGUUGCAAUCCUUCGGCGCUCCUGGCGUCGAGGCGGCGGAGGGCGUGAACGCCUCGGACCGGGGGAUCUAUGGCUUUCCCAACAUGGGCAUCUCAGUUCCCUCCUCGAUCGUGGGUCAUGUGACGUGGGGGGGGUCCAGUCUGGGCAUUCGCUGGCUCCUACCUGCUCUGCUGGUGUGGAACGAGACGACGACGUUGGACGUUGGACGUUGCCAGUUGGCACCGUGUUUCCAUGCGCUUAAGCCGGUCCAAGACGUAAAGAGGAGUGCCAUUCUGGAAGAGAAUGCCAGUUUCAGUGACAAGGUGGACUUCCUGGUGCCCUUCGGCCACCUGAUCCUCAACGGUCCUGCUGUGCUGCCCUUGGCAGCGCAGGAGUUCCGCUGCGUGCGCGUGCGACAGUGUGAAAUCGCCGACUUUCAAGGCGCGGCUGGGAGCUUGGGUGGCGGGGUGGCGGGUGGUGAACGCCGGUGA